AUGGAAAAAUGCUAUGACGGGCUAGUCUAUAAACGAAUCCAAGCAAACCGAGCCACUUAUAUUCUUAUUUGGAAGAUCGUUGCCAUUUUUGCCGUUGGUUUUAUACCAUCCAUCUUAAUGAUCAUUCUCGACGUGGCACUGGUUCGACAAUUGAGAACAAUCACUACCUCUGAUCACAUCAAUCGAUUGAUUAAUUCAGAGCAAGAAACCCAUUCUACCAGAUUUCCAAAUAGAAAUCAAUGUGAUCGGGGACGAGAAGAGACCACUGUUGUCACAGCAUUUCUUUCUUGGUUCCUCAUCACAAAUUUGCCAUCAGAGGUGUUAUUUCUUUGGGACAUCAUGCAACCAUUUCAAUUUGAGUUCAAAUUGUUUGAGUUAAUGUUGCCACGUCUUGAGAUUCGUUACAUUUAUGGAAACAUUGUCAACUCAUUUCUGCUCUGGGGAAAGGCUUCAAACUUCGUUGUAUUCUUCAUCGCAUCUAAAACUUUUCGGCAUCAAUUCUAUGAAAUGGUACAAGGCUUUUGUAGUCUACCGAAAUCCUCAUUGAUGUCGAAUCUGACUCUCUUUGACCCGUUCUAUUAUCGUUCGGAACUCUCGAUCGUCGUCGUGCUCUUCACUCUGGCCAGCAACGUUGCAAUGAUCGUCGUUGCCUCAAAGGGCACUCCUAUCAAAAUGAUCGCUUACCGUGCUCACAUUCUCGACAGUCUUAUUUCGAGUGGUCUUUUUGGGAUCAUUUAUCUAUUGCUCUUCAUGGGCUUCACUUUCCACAAGGAUAGCGGCAACGACACAGCAGAAGCCCUGCACGCCGUCUCGAUCUCCGUGAUCUCAUUAUCCUAUGGAGGGCUCUCGAUGAAAAUAAUUUUGGUGUGCUUCUAUCUGGCCGGGGCGAACUGCGCUCGGGCGAUUGUGCUUUGCUUCAAACAUCGCUUCGAGCUCGUCCUCUUCGGCGACACGAAAGAAGUCUAUUUUCGGUAUCAAAAAUAUAUUGUACAACCCCUGCUCAUCAUCCCGUUUGCCACACUGCUCAUCUUGGUCAGUCGCUGCUGCGAGCUAGCUAAUUUCACGGCGGUGUUGAACCAAAAGUCGCUGCUUUUUGGCACAAAUCCCCUUCCGGUGACCCCUUAUGUGUUUAAUGUGAUCACCGCCAUCGAUCUAUUUCUCAUUGUGAUAACGUUGCUGAUUUACGGCGCUCUACUCGUUUUCUUCAACGCCUACACCAUCCUCCUAUUGUACUUUAGCAAGAGUCUCGCACAACAUCUUUCCCCAAAAACAGUAUCCGCUCAACGGAUAGCCUUUUUCAUGCUGCUUAUUCAGACCUCUUGUUCGUUAGCCCCGGCAAUGUUGACAGUGACAGCUCUGGUUAUUGUCUACACCAUCAACACGACCACUGUCCUAGCAUUUUUCAACUACUUCUCGGCGCUACUCGUCGGCACUUUCGGUAUCCUUUAUCCGCUGGUGAUCUUGUCAACGACGCGGCCCUAUCAACGCUUUCUGAUGGAACGCCUUUUUGGCAUUCAGCCUUCAAGCGUCAACGCCUACGCCGCCGCCGGUGCUGUCACUACGGCUGCAAACCCUGCCCCAACUCCAUCUGAAAUC